AUGGGUACUGGUACCGAAGAAGUAGAACAUCUUAGUUUACAUAUUUUCUGUGACGCCAGUAAAGUAGCAUUUUCUGCAGUUGUGUUUUUCCGAGUGGUCCGGAAUAGUACAGUAACUGUUCAUAUUGUGGCAGCUAAAUCAAGAGUUGCUCCCGUCCGUAAAUUAACAAUACCGAGACUUGAAUUGUUAGCAGCUGUAAUUGGUGCCAGAUUGUAUGAAAAUGUGAGGAAAAAUCUACAAAGUGACGCAGAAUCAUAUUUUUGGACCGAUUCAUCAACUGUUUUGUCAUGGAUUCAACGUCAGGAAGAAUGGGGAACAUUUGUUUGUAAUAGAGUAUCAGAAGUUCGCUCAUUGACGUCCUCCAAUUCUUGGCGACACGUACCAGGGGAUUUGAAUCCAGCCGACCUUCCUUCUAGAGGUUGUUCACCUAAACAACUUGUUGAAUCCAAAUGGUGGGAGGGUCCGAGGUGGCUGUACUAUGAACCAAAUUUGUGGCCUAACCAGCAAAUAGAGUGUGAUGAAGCAGAAGUUGCACAGGAACGCAGGAAGAAAUUAAUUGCGCUGGUGAAUAAUGACAACGAUUUCUGGCAUCUGUCUUACUUUUCCAGUUUUUUGAGAAUUGUCAGAAUGAUGAGUUGGAUUCUGCGAUUCAUCCACAAUUCAAGGAAGCCAGUUCAAAGAGCAACAGGGGACUUGACUGUUGAAGAAAUUGAGAGAGGAGAAAAGCGUAUUUUUGAAAUCAUCCAAAGUCAGAGUUUUUCGGGGGUGGAUGACGUAAAGAUAAAGCACCUCGAUCCGUUUGUUGAUGAACAUAAAAUAAUACGCUUGAGAACGAGAAUUUCGAAUAGAGAAGACAGUGUAGAUUUUAGAUUUCCGAUUGUAUUGCCCUGCAGACACCCUGUUACUGAAAAGUUGAUCCUGAAAGAGCAUUUUGACUCUUCCCACGUUGGUAUACAGGGAGUAAUGAGUAAACUUCGUGAAAAGUAUUGGGUAUUAGGAGGACGACGAGCAAUAAGAUCCGCGCUGUCGAAAUGUUUCAUCUGUAAAAGAUUCAAUUCAAAAUCGAUUCGUGUGAAUGUUCCUCCGUUGUCAUUGGACAGGGUACACGACGCCUCUGUAUUUGAGGUGAUUGGAAUUGAUAUGGCCGGCCCGCUGUACCUGAAGGAUGGACUCAAGAUUUGGAUUUGUAUUUUUACCUGCGCCAUCUAUCGAGCUGUGCAUCUGGAAUUGGUGACCUCUAUGUCGACACAUUCUUUUAUUCAGGCCUUACGCAGAUUUGUAGCGCGAAGAGGACGACCUAAAACUAUAUUCAGCGACAAUGGUACCAACUUCGUGGGCGCUGAAAAUCUGUUAUCCCAACUGAACUGGCAGGAGGUUAUGAAAUUUUCAGUUAACGAGAGAAUCGUGUGGCGAUUCAACCCUCCAAGUGCUCCAUGGUGGGGAGGGUUUUGGGAGCGGUUGAUCGGCAUUUUGAAGCAGCUAUUACGUAAAGUUUUGGGACGUACCAGUCUAAAUUACGAAGAUUUAUUGACAGUAGUGUGUGAUGCUGAAACGGUUAUUAAUUCUAGGCCGCUCACAUAUGUAUCCAGCGAUCCGCACGAGUUGAUCGCACUUACUCCAGCGAUGUUUUUGGUAGAUCACCAUGAACACGGUCUACCGGAUUACGACGUUGUUGACCGUUCGUCUGUGUGUCGGAAACUACGUUACAAGCAAAAGUUACGAGACGAUUUACGCCGUAGAUUUCGUAAUGAGUAUUUGGGACAGUUACGAAUGUUUUAUGAGGGGAAACCGCGCGGUUCGUUAAAAUUGGGUGAUGUAGUUUUAAUCGGGAAUGACCAAGACAAACGUAUGGACUGGCCGCUAGCGCGCGUCGUUGAUCUUAUACCGAGUAAAGACAAACAAAUUCGUCUAGUUCGGUUAGUGACGUCUAAGGGGCAGCUAUUGAGACCCGUCCAACGUCUUUACCCGCUCGAGUGUGUUGAUUCAGCGGUCCAAGGGGAUGGGGUAGAAGACGUCAUCGAGCCUUCAGAGGAUGCAAUAGAGUGA